UCAUCCCGUCAGGUGGCAGCACACCACAAACCACCGACAGUACCGAAGGAAGCAAAUCGAAACUCCUCAAUGAGUUCACCUUCAUAUAAAUAGUUGGUCCCCCCUCCUCCGAAGAUCGUUUGCUGUCUUGACAAAAUGAAUGGCUCUCUGCCCUCCUCACCCAACGUGGUGGACAUAACACUAAAGCGAGGAUCGGCAGGCUUGGGAUUCAACAUCGUUGGGGGCGUGGACCAGCAGUAUGUAGUGGCUGACAGCGGCAUAUACGUGUCCAAAAUUAAAGAAGAUGGAGCCGCUGCAUUGGACGGCCGACUCCAAGAGGGGGACAAGAUCCUGGCGAUCAACGGAAUUAAGCUUGAGAAUCUGGCACAUCAAGCUACAGUCGAGCUGUUCAGGACCGCAGGGGAGGAAGUGGAGCUCCGGGUUCUGAAAAAGUUUCCCCAACACAUGAACGGACCCACAGGCUCACAACCCGAGCACAAAUCUCCGGUGUCUUCUCUGGGUAUACUGGCUGUCUUAUUGGGAGCUGCAAGCAUCUUUGCAUUCAUUUACAUUCAAAACCACAAGAGGCACUUUUAACAAAGCCGCCGUUGUCUGUAUAUUAUUUUUAAAAUCAAAAACUUUGCUUAAGGCCAAAGAAAAAGAGGAAAACUAUAAAUAGAAGUUUUUUUGUUUUUUUUUAAGUAGCUGUUUGUGCCACUGAUGAGUUUCUCCAUGUUCAUGUUUAUUAUGUGAUUAACGGUAGCUGCUUGACACCUUUCCUAUGCAAAAGGAUCUGCUCUUACCACACAGAUUACUUUAAAUGGAUAGCUUUGUGAUUGUAAGGAGUAGAAGAAUGCACAUUCCUGCUGCUGGGCUGAACUCAGGGCAGAAACAAAUAGCUGCCCGUAUACAGAAAUCCUUGGACCAAGUCAGACUGGCUCAGGCAUUAGGGUCCAUUUCCAAACCUAAAGACGGUGUUGUGUUCAGUCACCCAUAGGCCCCUCUGUACCUCCACCCCUGAAUGGCAGAUCUGUCUAAGGGGCCAACUGGAAGAGACUCUACUUUCAGUUUGUCAGGGUUUAACAAUGAAUGCAACUGGGUUUGAUUUUCAUAUUCCAUGGUGCACCAAAUCCUGAGAAGAGUUGCAUCCUGCUGUGCUGAAACAGCGAGCAGGUAAUGUAAUAACUUGUGUUGUACUGGACUUCAGAGUGCCUUUUACUAUCUACUCCAAGCAACGGGGGUGUUUGCGUCUUUGUGGUCCAAAGUGAAAACCAAUCUACUGCCUCCAGUAAUACAUUUAUAAUUGAAGGAUGUUGCUUGUGAUAAUCUCUAUAUUUUUGUCAUCAAAUCCCAUAAAAAGCCCCAAAUAAACAGUGAGUUAUUCCAUCUCUCAAUACUUUCCAACUUCCUCAGCCUAUCCGCAGCUACUUGGCUAUUUGUUCAAUGCAUAAAUCUUUAAAAACACGUCAGAA